UAAAUUUUACCGGAAAUGUGAGCUCAAAUAAACAUUUGGUCGUCCCUGAUGUGCAUGGAAGCUCUGUUGACAUUCAGUGCACAGCGGAUGGCGCGUCCGGAAAAAGCAAAUGUUAGAAACACCAAAAGACCAAAAUUGGACUGGAAAUUUGUAGAGAGGUUCAUCAACAUCCAGAAGGUUCUGUUUCCAUCAUGGAGCAGUCAGAGUGUGCUGAUGUUUGGAACGCUGCUUGUUGUCACCCUGACAGAGCAGCUGAUCAUUUAUCAGGUUGGCAUCCUUCCCAGUCACUUCUACAAUGUGCUGGCAGACCAAGAUUAUUCAAACUUCAAGAGCCUGUUGGCCACAGCAGUGGUGCUCAUCGUCUUCAACUCUACACUGAAGAGUGUGGACCAGUACAUUUGUAAUCGGAUGUAUGUGAGCUGGAGGAAGACUCUGACUGAGAGCCUUCACACAGCCUACUUCCAGGGCCGGGUCUAUUAUACACUCAAUGUGCUCAGAGAGGACAUUGACAACCCGGACCAGAGGAUCAGCCAGGAUGCAGAGCGUCUGUGUAAACAGAUGAGCUCCAUGGCCAGUCGUUUGAUCGUCUCACCCUUCACACUGACCUACUACACCUAUCACUGCUAUUACAGCACCGGCUGGAUCGGUCCCGUCAGCAUCUUUGGAUACUUCUUGAUCGGAACCAUUGCCAAUAAAAUCUUGAUGGGUCCGAUUGUAUCAACUCUGUUUGAGCAAGAAAAACUGGAGGGAGAUUUCAGAUUUAAACAUAUGCAAAUCCGUGUCAACGCAGAGUCUGCAGCUUUUUACAGAGCUGGUAAAGUGGAGCACAUGAGGACCAACAGAAGACUUCAGGCCCUGUUACAAACUCAAACAACUUUGAUCAACAAAGAACUCUGGCUCUAUAUUGGGGUGAACAUGUUUGAUUACCUGGGAGGUUUUCUCAGCUACGUUAUCAUUGCCAUUCCCAUCUUCACUGGUGUCUACGAUGGUCUGUCUCCUGGAGAACUCAGUGCCCUCAUCAGUAAGAACGCCUUUGUCUGCAUCUACCUGAUCAAUGGCUUCACUCAGAUAAUAGACCUGUCAACCACUCUGUCAGAUGUGGCUGGAUACACACACAGGAUUGGCGAGCUGAUUGAGGAGAUGGACAAAAUCCUCCACACGCAGUGUGACUACGACCCAGCGUCAGGAGAAAACUACGACUUUGACAGUGACUUCAACAUCCAUGCAGGCCCAGUGGACACCGCCUUCAUCAUUGACCACCUUUCCUACAAAUCUCCGUACUCUGAACAGCUGCUGGUUGAAGACCUGAGUCUUACGAUCAGCCAGGGGUCGCAUCUGCUGGUGGUGGGAAACACGGGAACCGGCAAAACAUCCCUGCUCAGGGUUCUGAACCGACUGUGGGAGGCGGACAGUGGUUUCGUCCAGAUGACGACAUGUUUUGGACCCAGGGGAACCCUCUUCCUUCCCCAGAAACCCUACCUGACUGAUGGAACACUGCGAGAACAGGUCAUCUAUCCACUUAAGGACAUUUAUCCUGUGUCAGAAUCUUCCUCAGGGUCAGUGGACGAUGACCGGAUCAUACAAUUCCUGGAAUUAGCAGGAGUGUCCAGUCUCCUGAAGCGGACCGGUGGUCUGGAUGAAGAUGUGGACUGGAACUGGUAUGACGUUCUGUCGCCAGGUGAAAUGCAGCGUCUCAGCUUUGCUCGACUUUUCUACCUGCAGCCCAAAUAUGCAGUUUUGGAUGAAGCCACCAGUGCUUUGACAGAAGAGGCAGAGGGGAAGCUGUACAGAACCUGUAAGCAGCUGGGGAUGACGCUCAUCAGUCUGGGACACCGCAGCAGUCUGGAGAAGUACCACGUUGUCCAGCUUCAGCUGUGUGGAGGAGGUCAGUGGGAGUUUACUCGGUUAAAAGGAGGUGAGAGCAGCAGCAGAGAUGAGACCAAGUGAUUCUUUACCUAAAGAUCUUACAGGCGGACAUGCUGUAACCCCUCACUGACUUUGCUGUGAAUACAUAAGGUGUGAACAACAAAGGCAACAGUGUGGAACUGGCAGAACAACGCAGUGAAUAACAGUCAGCGUGAGUUUGACCACUCUUAUGUAAAAUCACAGUGGUUUAUUGUUUACAUUACACACAAAAUAUUGUCGUACAAUGACUGCUGUCCUGUUUUCUAAACACUGCCUGGACAUUAACAACAUUUGUUUAGAGGAUUUGUUAAACUUUUACAUGUGCAAUAAAAAAAUAAUAAUUUGGUCGAAAACA